AUGAAAUUUUUGGUUUCGCUUUUAGUUCGAAUUGCAUUUUCUCAAAUUGUCAAGCUCAAGGAGGACGCUCAAUGCGAGCAGUGGGAUCGACGACUUGACAAUAAUAGCUGUCCGCUGGGAUGGAUGAGCUGGGAACGCGAUGGAUAUAUUAAUUGUGUUCAAGUUUUCGAUAAGUCCGUUCUCUUCUCGGAAGCCCAUCUCUGCUGCGAACAAUACAGUGGAUUCAUGGCGUCGCUUCCGGAAGAAUUCGAGAAGAAGGCUGUCGUAGAGGCGGCACGCAAAUUGCCAAACUUCAAGAAUGGCGGGGGCGUUCUCAUCGGCGGUUAUCGGCUGAAUGAGUGCUUAAACGUGUUCACUCCGCAAUGCGCCGGCGUUGCCGGCUUCAGAUGGUCGCAGUACACGUCGAAGCAUAACAAAACCGGUGGAUUCACGUUCCACAAUUCAGUUAAAGACUUGAACAAAGCCUACACUUGGAUGGUGACAAGCAAUUUCACCGAUGGCGGCAACGAAUGGUUCGCUGGUCAGAUGGACAUGGUUGCCUGGAACUACAUGGGAAAUCCAGCAACACCACAAAGAGCUAUGAAAGGAUAUGCGUGCAGUACAGCAGCUUAUGCUUGUCUAAAAACUUAUCCAAUGGAACCUCCAUGA